CAGAUGUAUUCAACAUAAUUGUACAGGUUCUCAGACGAAUGGCGUCAUUUAAUUACUAUGCUGGAUGGGAGGUCACCUGUUUCAGCCUUGAGGACCAGCUGCUCAUAUGUUUAAUGAAACUUAGAUUAAACUUUAGAGAUUUAGACCUUGUCGUUAGAUUUGGGACAAGCCGUUCUACAGUAUCAAAUAUUGUGAACACGUUUAUUUCUGUCCUUCAUGAAAUCUUCUUCGAUGGUGUAUUAAAGGCAGUAGGCAUCCCUUCUCAACUAAAAUGCAAAGGAUCUAUGCCGAAAUCGUUUGAAGAAUUUACAUCAGCAAGGAUUGCCAUGGAUGCCACUGAAAUUACUCUAGACAUUCCAUCCAAUAUGAACAGUCAAUCUCUUACUUACAGCAACUAUAAAAGCCGUCAUACUGUAAAGGCCGUGACAUGUGUUGCUCCAAAUGGUGCCCUUGUAUUCACAUCCGAUUUAUAUCCUGGAUCCACCUCAGAUGCUGCCAUAGUUGAGCACUGCAAAGUUCUUGACCAAUUACAGCCUGGAGAUCUAAUUCUUGCGGAUAAAGGAUUAAAUAUUUUUGACAGACUUCCUGCAGGAGUAUCAUUAAACAUCCCACCAUUUUUGUCUAGUAAAUCUCAUUUUACCAGAGAAAAGGCAAAACUGUGCUAUAAAAUUGGACGCAGUAGAAUUCAUGUCGAGAGAGCCAAUGAAAGAAUUAAAAACUAUGAAAUCCUCAGCCAUGUUCCAUCUCAGUACAGACAUAUGACAACAAAAAUCUUUCAAUUAUGCUGCUAUUUAGUUAAUCUUCAGGCUCCUCUCCUUAAAGAGAUUGCAGACAAAUAUGAGGUAGGACAGAAAAAUGAGUCAGAGAUGUGGUAAUAUUAAUACAGUAAAAUACAUUAUGCAAUGAAUUGCAAUGUUUUG